AAUUCUGAGAUCCUUAUUGGUGCUCAACACAAGUUGAGAAUACACCUGAGGAGUGUUCAAAUCAUCAUUCGAAGAACCGGUACCACUUCAACGAAAUAUCCAACCGUUCACAGCAGUCCCAUCAAAUAACAAUCAUUCAUCAUGGCCACCGACUAUGAUACAUACCAAAACCCCCUCAACUCGAGGUACUGCUCAGAGCAGAUGAAAUACAUCUUCUCGCCUCGCAACCGUUUCAGCACCUGGCGACAACUCUGGGUCUACCUUGCCGAGGCCGAGCACGAAUUGGGUCUCGAGAAGAUCACUCCUGCUGCGAUUCAACAACUGAAGGACCACGUCAAGAUCCAAGAUGACGAGUUCAAGACUGCUGCUGUUGAGGAGAAACGUCGUCGCCACGAUGUCAUGGCUCACGUCCACACCUAUGGUGUUGCUGCGCCUGAUGCUGCCGGAAUCAUUCACUGGGGUGCUACGUCUUGCUACGUUACGGACAAUGCUGAUCUGAUCUUCUUGCGUGACGCCCUGGACUUGACCAUCUCGAAGUUGGUCGUCGUCAUUAGUCAAUUGAGCGACUUUGCAAUCAAAUACAAGGAUCUCCCUUGUCUCGGCUACACCCACGGCCAGCCAGCUCAGCUGGUGACCGUCGGAAAGCGAGCCAGUCUUUGGAUCACAGAUCUUCUUCGCAACCUUCGUAACCUUGAGCACCAACGUGACGAGGUUCUCCGCUCGUUCCGUGGUGUCAAGGGAACCACUGGCACACAAGCAAGUUUCCUCGCCAUCUUCGAGGGUGACCACGCCAAAGUGGAGGCGCUUGAUGAACUUGUCACAAAGAAGGCCGGGUUUGAGGAAGCUGAGAUCUCUACCAGCCAGACAUACUCCCGAUUGGUCGAUGUUGACGUGAUCCACGCCCUUAGCGCUUUCGGAUGCGCUUGCGAGCGCAUUGGAGGUGACAUCAGACAUCUCGCCAUGUUCAAGGAGAUCGAGGAGCCGUUUGAGAAGGAUCAGAUCGGAUCGAGCGCCAUGGCAUACAAGCGUAACCCGAUGCGUUCGGAGCGACUGUGCUCGUUGGGCCGUAAAUUGCACAACUUCAGCGCUGAUGUCGAGCAGACUUAUGCCUCUCAGUGGUUGGAGCGAAGCUUGGACGACUCGGCUAUUCGACGUAUCUCGCUACCGGAGUCAUUCCUUUGCGCAGACGCUUGCUUGAUUUUGUUGAACAACAUUUCCGAUGGACUCGUUGUCAACGAGGCUGUCAUUAAGCAGCGCGUUGAGCAAGAGCUUCCCUUCAUGGCGACCGAGAACAUCAUCAUGGCUCUCGUCGCCACGGGUAGCUCUCGACAGGAGGUUCACGAAGAGAUUCGUGUUCUGUCUCACGAGGCCGGUGCUGUUGUGAAGCAACAAGGCAAGCCAAACGAUCUCUUGGAGCGCAUCAGGAACACACCCUACUUUGCUUCGAUUCUGCCUGACCUUGAAUCGCUCACGGACCCUAAGACUUUCAUCGGCCGUUGCCCUGAAAUUGUCGAGAAGCUCAUCAAGACCAAGGUCGCCGACGUCAAGUCGAGAUAUGCCAGCGCAUUGGUGAACGCACAGGUCGCCGAGCUGCACGUAUAAGACUAGCAUAUUGUGGCCUGAGCCGUGUGAUUUUGACAUAUGAUUACAUUCGCUUUACGUAGAACAUCGCCAUGAUGAACAAAUUCCCAUGGGGAUUCCAUGAUCGUCAAGUCUUUGCUUCGUCUGCUAUAGCUUUCACCACCAAGGGUCAUUCCUGCCCCAGUACAGAAGUGAACCUCCCAAAGCAAGGCAGUUGGCCGCGCCGAGCAGGUGAUUCAAGGCUUUGGCCUGCACACCAUAUGCGUUCACGAUCAAAUAAUCCGCUACCGUCGUGAAGAAGCCGAAUCCA